CGAGGGAGGACUCGAGGCUCACCUAUCUUUGCUCCUCCCUCCCUCCCCUCCUGCCAAGGUGUUCUGAUUUCCCUGAGACCUCCGGAAAUUUGCAGGCAGAUCUAUGCCCAGAUUUCGAGGUGGAGGGGAGGUAGAUGAGUCCAAGCCUAUGGACGAUAAAUCAGAUUCUCAGCCAGCUUUUUCAGAAUCUGUUGAUGACGAGGUCUCGACAAUGUCUCAUGAGACCAGUCUACACUCUCUGGAGAACUUGAGAUCUGCCCUUGCCAUCAAUAUAAAGUCUGCCAAGAAAGUUGUGGUGGAGGAGAUUCCUGCUCCUUGUUCUUCUCCUUCAUCAUCAUUCAGUGCUGAUGCUUGGACUCAAGUACAGCAGAUUUCACACAAUUCGAUUCUCAACAAAAGAAAGUUGGCUGAUAAACUCAGUAUCCUAGCACUGGCUAGAGAGAAAUCUACCUAUGGAGAUGAUAGUUCAGAAGAGGAGGAUGCCGAAGGAGCAGCUUCUUUGGAUUCAUUUUGUCUUCUCCAGACAAACAAGAGAGGAAAGUCUACCAUGUCAGAUACGACACGUACAUCAAUUCGUGCCAAGUUUAAGAAUCCUCUGGCUGUUAAAAAACCCCGCUAGCCCGUAACCCGCUAAGCAACGGCAACUUUUCAAGCACUAAGUCAAGAAAUCUGUUGAAGCCCACGAUAGACCGACUCUGGAAUUGAGACUAAUCUUCAGCAACCCAACAAUUCGACGACUGCUCUCAUGAUUUCCUGGGACAAGUUUUGAGAAAUUGAGUCCAAGCUUGAAUGCAAAGCUCUUUUCCCCACCUACGAACGUUGAAGCUCUUAUUAUGCGAGAUAGGUAUCGCGACUUUGCAGUGGCUGGGAAUCACAUUCAAGUAGCAAGUACAGUAGUUCGAGAUUCAAGGGAGAGCUUCGCCACCUGCGAAAUGUCAUGCCUCUCACCAUUCAAAAGAAAUUCACAGUAGCCUGAAAUCACCAUUACAAUAGCAAGUAGAAUACAGUUCAGGUGAUGAAAAUACCAUCACAUUGAACGAGGAUUUACCCAUGAGGAUGAAUAAAAGUGCAUUUGAUCUCUUUCAAAGCAACAUCUAAUUGAAUCGGCCCACCACAUUUACCUCAUCUGCAGUCUGAUUCUGAUGUCUGAAGUCACUCGAGAACUACUACAAACACAAAGUCUUGACAAGAAUGCAGAUUACAUUCGAAGAGAAGAAGACAAACUCACAGAUCUGCAUGCACAUCAGCAGCACAAAAGCACACUGUCCGACUAGCAUGACAGGCCGAUUGACAAGUUAUUGCUCGACGCCAUCAUCACCAUUGGACCCGGAUCUCCAAUUGCAGUAGGUCUUAAAAGCAUGGAAAUCGACAAUCUCGCAAGUAACACACGUACUAUUGACCUGG